GGAGGAGGAGGAGGAGGAAGAGGGCAUUGAGAUCAGGAAGAUAACCAAACAUAACAAAAUAAAACUCCAGGAAUUUUAUCUCCAAACAAAACACAAAGAAAUUUAAUGUGGUGUGUGUGUGUGCGUGUGUGUGUGUAUAUAAUAUGUAUUUUUUGGUCAGAAUAAAAGAUUGCGUUAAGUAACCUCUUAUUUGCAUGUCCUUACCCGGCUACCUAAAUGUGUGUGCGUGUGUGUGUGUGUGUGUGUGUGUGUGUCAGAGUGGUUUGGGUCAUUGAUAAGUCCAGGGUCGCAUCUAUUAACUAAAUUUCUAUCUCGCUCUACAAUCAUCUCCCUUCACCAUCACUUUUUCAAGAACUUAACCCAGUCAUCAGAGUAGGGGAGAUACCUGUAUAUUCACUAUUUUCAACCCAUCCGCUGCGAUUGGCACGGAUUUCGCCUUCACUGGUAGCCUGGUAACAUACACUCCCAGGUCUUUCUCUGCCUCUGUGGUGGAUAGUGGAGUGUUUCCCAUGUGGUAUUGGUGUGCUGGAUAUCCCUUCACUGGUAGCCUGGUAACAUACACUCCCAGGUCUUUCUCUGCCUCUGUGGUGGAUAGUGGAGCGUUUCCCAUGUGGUAUUGGUGUGCUGGAUAUCCCUUCACUGGUAGCCUGGUAACAUACACUCCCAGGUCUUUCUCUGCCUCUGUGGUGGAUAGUGGAGUGUUUCCCAUGUGGUAUUGGUGUGCUGGAUAUCCCUUCACUGGUAGCCUGGUAACAUACACUCCCAGGUCUUUCUCUGUCUCUGUGGUGGAUAGUGGAGUGUUUCCCAUGUGGUAUUGGUGUGCUGGAUAUCCCUUCACUGGUAGCCUGGUAACAUACACUCCCAGGUCUUUCUCUGCCUCUGUGAUGGAUAGUGGAGUGUUUCCCAUGUGGUAUUGGUGUGCUGGAUAUCCCUUCACUGGUAGCCUGGUAACAUACACUCCCAGGUCUUUCUCUGCCUCUGUGGUGGAUAGUGGAGUGUUUCCCAUGUGGUAUUGGUGUGCUGGAUAUCCCUUCACUGGUAGCCUGGUAACAUACACUCCCAGGUCUUUCUCUGCCUCUGUGGUGGAUAGUGGAGUGUUUCCCAUGUGGUAUUGGUGUGCUGGAUAUCCCUUCACUGGUAGCCUGGUAACAUACACUCCCAGGUCUUUCUCUGCCUCUGUGAUGGAUAGUGGAGUGUUUCCCAUGUGGUAUUGGUGUGCUGGAUAUCCCUUCACUGGUAGCCUGGUAACAUACACUCCCAGGUCUUUCUCUGCCUCUGUGGUGGAUAGUGGAGUGUUUCCCAUGUGGUAUUGGUGUGCUGGAUAUCCCUUCACUGGUAGCCUGGUAACAUACACUCCCAGGUCUUUCUCUGCCUCUGUGGUGGAUAGUGGAGUGUUUCCCAUGUGGUAUUGGUGUGCUGGAUAUCCCUUCACUGGUAGCCUGGUAACAUACACUCCCAGGUCUUUCUCUGCCUCUGUGGUGGAUAGUGGAGUGUUUCCCAUGUGGUAUUGGUGUGCUGGAUAUCCCUUCACUGGUAGCCUGGUAACAUACACUCCCAGGUCUUUCUCUGCCUCUGUGAUGGAUAGUGGAGUGUUUCCCAUGUGGUAUUGGUGUGCUGGAUAUCCCUUCACUGGUAGCCUGGUAACAUACACUCCCAGGUCUGUCUCUGCCUCUGUGGUGGAUAGUGGAGUGUUUCCCAUGUGGUAUUGGUGUGCUGGAUAUCCCUUCACUGGUAGCCUGGUAACAUACACUCCCAGGUCUGUCUCUGCCUCUGUGGUGGAUAGUGGAGUGUUUCCCGCCCUAUAGCUGUACUUUCCUGUCUAUCUAAAGCAGGUUCCACAAGGGGUGUUCUUCUGGUGAUCCGCUGUUCUCUCUCAGGUCUCCGGAGGUCCAGCACACUCGGGUUGAAGGAAAUCAUGAAUGCCAAGUCCGCCAGUCUCACGAUUUGGCAUUCAUGAUUCCCUCGACCAGGAUGCGCGGAUAUGUGUUGCCAGUAUGGGUUCUGCAAGGGGCGUUCUGCUGGUGAUCUUCCUUUCCUGAGAAACUUUUGCUGUUGCUACAGACAGCUUUAGAGCUUUCAAUAGGGUCUGGCACAAGUCUUUGCUAUUUAAACUACCCUCCUAUGGUUUCUAUCCCUUCCUCUGUACCUCUGUCUCCAAUUUCCUUUCUGGCUGUUCUAUCUCUGCUGUGGUAGAUGGUCACUGUUCUUCCCCUUAACCCGUCCGCUGCGAUUGGCCCGGAUUUUGCCUUCACUCUGCUCUCUCAGGUCUCCGGAGGUCCAGCACACUCGGGUUGAAGGAAAUCAUGAAUGCCAAGUCCACCAGUCUCACGAUUUGGCAUUCAUGAUUCCCUCGACCAGGAUGCGCAGAAAUGUGUCGCCAGUAUGGGUUCUGCAAGGGGCGUUCUGCUGACUGAGAAACUUUUGCUGUUGCCAGAAAUCUUUAGAGCUUUCGAUAGGGUCUGGCACAAGUCUCUGCUGCCCUGAACCUAACCUAACCUAGCCUAACUUAACCUAACCUCCCUGCACUCGAGAGCAACAGUUAGCGGACCAGACAUCUUUAGAGCAUUUGAUAGGGUCUGGCACAAGUCUUUGCUGCCCUGAACCUAACCUAACCUAACCUAACCUCCCCACACUCAAGAGAAACAGUUAGCGGACCAGACAUCAUUAGAGCAUUCGAUAGGGUCUGGCACAAGUCUUUGCUGCCCUGAACCUAACCUAACCUAACCUAACUUAACCUAACCUCCCCACACUCAAGAGAAACAGUUAGCGGACCAGACAUCAUUAGAGCAUUCAAUAAGGUCUGGCACAAGUCUUUGCUGCCCUGAACCUAACCUAACCUAACCUAACUUAACCUAACCUCCCCACACUCAAGAGAAACAGUUAGCGGACCAGACAUCAUUAGAGCCUUCGAUAGGGUCUGGCACAAGUCUUUGCUGCCCUGAACCUAACCUAACCUCCCCACACUCAAGAGAAACAGUUAGCGGACCAGACAUCAUUAGAGCAUUCGAUAGGGUCUGGCACAAGUCUCUGCUGCCCUGAACCUAACCUAACCUAACCUAACCUAACCUAACCUAACCUCCCCACACUCGAGAGAAACAGUUAGCGGACCAGACAUCAUUAGAGCAUUCGAUAAGGUCUGGCACAAGUCUCUGCUGCCCUGAACCUAACCUAACCUAACCU